GUGAGGGUUAAGGUUGCUAAUGACUGGAAGUAGAGAUGAUCAGGAAAUCGGCAAGCCAAUGAAAGGCUAAGUCGGAAUAGGAUGCAGGGAUUCAUGCAAACGGGAAUGUCAUAUGUCCAAGUGGUGGUGGGGAACUCUAGUAAGGCAGAAGAGGUUAAGGAGAGUGAAAGGCUUCUUAGUGUGAAUGAGAGAUCUAAGGAAAUUGUGGUGAAAGAGGUGAAGGGUAAUGGUGUUAAGGAAGGUGGAGACAAAGAAGGGCUUACAAGGAUGGAGAUAAUUGAUUUCUCUCCAAUGAUAGAGGAAACGAACUGGCUUGAUGGGAGUAUGGUUGUGAUAGUUAUGUUAAUGGCAUUGGUAACAGGGAUCGAAAAGAGAUUUGAUGUUGAAUGGGGCUUGCUCACGGUACCAUUAGGAGGUAGAGGUGUACUGUUAACUGAACGAGUGCAAGGGUAUUUGAGUGAAUACAUGGUGCAAAAUAAAGAGUUGUUUGAUCUUUGGUUUGAGGCCAUUUUUCCAUGGGCAAAAGCACUUGUGAACAGGUGCAAAAUGGCAUGGCUGAGAACUUCUGGGGUGCCAUUGAAAUCCUGGAGUGACAGGUGCUUUGAGACAAUUGGAGGUUUGGUUGGGGAAGCGCUACUUGUUCAUGAAGAUACAAGAAUGAAGUCUAUCUUGUGUAAUGGACGAGUGUUGGUGCUAUGCUUGGAAAUGAAUAAGGGAGAGUUUGAGGGAAAAGGCUAUGUGGGUGUUACAGGGGAAUGGGGGGUGGAAAAGGUGAAAUGCAGCUUUGUGAACAUUUAUGCUCCUAACGACAGGCAGAAGAAAGUGCAGCUAUGGAAUGAGCUUCAACAUAGGAUUUUAACGCAUGAAGGGCGAUGGUUGAUAGCAGGUGAUUUUAAUGUGGUACAUUAUCUUAAAGAGAAAAAGGGUCAAAUAGGGGAGACUCUAGAGAUGAGGGACUUUGAUGAUUUCAUUGUAACAACUAGGAGGCAUGUGCAGCAUGGGGAAAGAUUGGAUACAACAAGGGUUGCAAAAGACAGUGUUAGAUCAUUGUGCAAUUAUUCUGAAACCAACGACAGCAGAUUGGGGGCCAAAGCCUUUCUGAGUGUUGGAUGCAUGGCAACAGCAUCAGGAAUUCAAGAAGGUGGUAAAGGAGAAAUGGAAGGAGAUGACAGUGGAAGGUCAAAGUUCCAAGAUGCUACAAAAAAGGUGGAACAAAUGGAUAUGAGGAAUAAGUCACAUGAGAUGGAGGAGUUUGAGUUGGAUCUAAGAAGAGCAAGUUUUGAGGAAAUGUGGGAUAUUAUGAAGAAAAGGGAAGCUAUAUGGAAGCAAAAAUCACAAAGUGAUUGGAUUCAGCUGGGAGAUAAUAACACAAGAUACUUUCAUCGAGUUGCAAAUGGGAGAAAGGUUCAGAAUAAUAUUACAGGGAUAUGGUGUGAGGGCCAGUGGGUGAAGGAACCAGAUGUAAUCUUGGGUGAGAAGAGGGAAUGGUUAGAACAACCUUUCAUUGCUAAGGAAAUUGAAGAAGGUUUGAACAACUGUGAUGGGAGAAAGGCUCCAAAUCCAGAUGGGUACAAUUUCAAUUUUCUAAAAUUGUUUUGGAGUAGCUUAAGGGAGGAUUUUGUUACAUUUUUUGGGGAGUUUUAUCAGACGGGUAGGUUGGUGGUAGCUAACAGGCUUAAAACAAUGAUGCUAGACAUGAUUAGUGAAACUCAAUCUACAUUUUUGGGGGGUCGUCAAUUGGUUGAUAAUGUUUUGGUUUUGAAUGAAGUAGUGGAUGAGGUUAGAAGGAAGAAGCAACGGGCUUUUAUUUUCAAGGCAGAUUUCGUAAAGGCCUAUGAUUGUGUUAACUGGUCAUUUCUGGAAUGGAUGAUGCAAAGGUUAGGAUUUGGAACUAAGUGGCUGGGAUGGAUAAUGGAGUGCCUUGCAACAGCAAGGGUGUCGAUUUUAGUAAAUGGAAGUCCAACGAAGGAGUUUGCAAUGGGGAAAGGUCUACGACAAGGUGAUCCUUUAUCACCUUUUUUGUUUUUGAUGAUUAGUGAAGGUUUGGCUGGUUUGGUAAAAAAAGUAGAGCAGGAAGGGCUGUUACAUGGAGUGGAGAUUGGACAGCAAAAGAUGUCCAUCUCUUUGCUUCAGUUUGUCAAUAAUACAGUAAUUGUAGGCAAAGCUGAGAGUGAGAAUAUUAAUAUGGUUAAAACCAUUUUAAGAUGGUUUGAGAUGAUGUCAGGACUAAGAAUUAAUUUAAGCAAAAACAAUGUGUAUGGGUUUAAUGUGACGGAGAGAUGGUUGAAAAGGGCAAUAGGUGUGUUGAGAUGUGGAGUAGGGGAAGCACCUUUUAUAUAUUUGGGGAUGCCUGUAGGGGGUAGUCCAAGGAGUAAGAAGUUAUGGGAUCCAGUUGUAAAUAUAUUUCGUGCUAAGCUUGCUGUCUGGAAAUUUGGAGGCUUGGCUAAUAUGGGUGAAGCUAAUAUGGGUGAAGGUGUUUCAUUGGUGGGGUUUGGAUGUGGUGCUGCCGGAUACAAUGCAGGGAGUGGCUGAAUUAUUUAGAUGCAGCUUGGGUAGGUAAAGAGGUCAAUGCAUCUAUUUUCCUUGUGGUGGGGUGGUGUAUAUAGUUUUGGAGGAAUGUUAGAGUGUUUGGGAGGGGAGGGAAGGGGAGUUUAAGGAGCAAUUGUUGGAAAUGAUUCAAGCCAAGUCUUUUUACUAGGUUAAGAUGAAUGUGGCUGGUUGCGCUUUCUCAUAUUUCCAAUGGCAGUUCAAUCCAAGGGACUAUGCAACAACAAUAAAAAGGCACAAUAGGUGUUUGAAAUUGUUUCAUCAAUAGCAUAAGGUCUAGUCAUGAUGGUAGUUUAGAGUUGUUUAUUUUGGUUUAUACUUUUGAUUCAAGAGGUUAUGAGGAAGGUUUUUAUUUCAUUGCUAUUCCUGUUGGUAUUGUGAGAGAAUGAAUUAAUUUGUAUAAUGAUAGGAGUACCCCUUGUGCUCUAUCUAAUAAAGUUAUUUGUUUGCU